AUGUCUUCGAUCAAUUUAUCGUCUUCGUCUCCUUCCACCAUAUCUCUCUCCCGCUCUAGAUUAAGCCAAAGCUCUACUACAUUGCUCCAUGGACUACGCCGUAUUAGUUUACCAUCUAACCAUCCGUUAUCAUCAUUUGCCAUCAAAACCACCGGAAAAGUGAAAGCUGCGGUCGUCUCCAGAGAAGACGAUCUGCUCUCUUACACCAAUGGCUCUCUCUUAGAUGACCGGAUCGAAGAACCGGAAGAGGCUGAUUCAGCUUCUCUCGGAACGCUUGCGGCGGAUUCAGGUCCUGCACCAGCCAAUGGUUUCGUCUCCGAAGAUGAUGACUAUGAGUUGGAUUUACCAACACCAGGUUUCUCUUCAAUCCCUGAAGCCAUUGAAGAUAUCCGCCAAGGGAAGCUUGUGGUGGUUGUGGAUGAUGAAGAUAGAGAAAACGAGGGGGAUUUGGUAAUGGCUGCUCAGUUAGCUACACCUGAGGCCAUGGCUUUCAUUGUGAAACAUGGAACUGGUAUAGUUUGUGUGAGCAUGAAAGACGAUGAUCUCGAGAGAUUACGCCUUCCUCUGAUGGUGAAUCAGAAGGAGAACGAAGAAAAGCUCUCCACUGCAUUCACAGUGACUGUGGAUGCAAAACAUGGUACAACAACAGGAGUAUCAGCUCGUGACAGAGCAACAACGAUACUGUCCCUUGCAUCGAGAGAUUCGAAGCCGGAGGAUUUCAACCGCCCGGGUCACAUAUUCCCGCUCAAGUAUCGAGAGGGAGGGGUUUUGAAAAGGGCCGGACACACUGAAGCAUCUGUUGAUCUUACUGUUUUGGCUGGACUAGAUCCUGUUGGUGUACUCUGUGAAAUCGUGGAUGAUGAUGGUUCCAUGGCUAGAUUACCUAAGCUCCGUGAAUUUGCAGCUGAGAAUAACCUCAAAAUUGUCUCCAUUGCAGAUCUGAUCAGAUAUAGAAGGAAGAGAGAUAAACUAGUGGAACGUUCUUCCGCGGCUCGGAUCCCAACAAUGUGGGGACCUUUCACAGCUUACUGCUACAAGUCGAUAUUAGACGGAAUAGAGCACAUUGCUAUGGUUAAGGGAGAGAUUGGUGACGGUCAAGACAUUUUAGUGAGGGUUCACUCGGAAUGUCUCACGGGGGACAUAUUUGGAUCAGCAAGGUGCGAUUGUGGGAACCAGCUAGCACUUGCGAUGCAGCAGAUCGAGUCUAAUGGUCGCGGUGUGUUGGUUUACCUACGUGGACAUGAAGGAAGAGGGAUCGGUUUAGGACACAAGCUCCGAGCUUACAAUCUGCAGGAUGCUGGUCGUGACACGGUCGAAGCUAAUGAGGACUUGGGACUUCCUGUUGAUUCUAGAGAGUAUGGAAUUGGUGCACAGAUACUGAGGGAUUUGGGAGUGAGGACGAUGAAGCUGAUGACGAAUAAUCCGGCGAAGUACGUUGGUUUGAAGGGAUAUGGAUUAGCAAUUGUGGGAAGAGUGGCUCUCUUGAGUCUUAUCACAAAGGAGAAUAAGAGAUAUUUAGAGACGAAGCGGACCAAGAUGGGUCACAUGUAUGGCUUGAAGUUCAAAGGCGAUAUCGUCGUGAAGACUGAUGAUGAUGAUGAUGCUGAGUCUGAGUCUUGA